AUGCUUUACCACGUUCUUGACAACGUCAGUCCCAGGGUCUGGGUGUUCCUCUCCUUCGACGUGGAGAAUGGCGGCCCCAGCGGCGAGAAGAGAGGUCGCCUGUCCAUCCAGUUUGUGGAGCCAGAGAAAGAUUUCGUCAACUUCUCUCUCCACCAAGUCGAAUGCUGGAGCAGGGUGCUGUCUCCCUUCAUCGUACACCCAGAAGUUCUGUCAAGCGAACACCGAGCCGAAGUCGCGCUGAACGAGGCGCAGACGAACGAGAGAAUUACGGCGACUCUUGCCAGCGGCUACGAAUACCUGAGUUCGAGAGACCGGGACCAGAAUCAGACAUUGAGAGAGGACGAGAAUCGCUGGGUCGAGGGCUACAACAACAUCGCCGAGACCAUGUCUUCCUUUUCUCGUCAGAUCACCUUCAGCGAGGUCAUAGAAGUUCGCCCCCAUAAUCCCUUGCCGGAACCCCUAUCGAGCAGUCGUAUAUGGACGAUUAGUGGCAGCCCCACGGUACAGAUCCGGGCCGGCAUGGACGAGUGGACUCGGCUGCACGAUCGAGUGCAACGCUUGCCGGAUCUCGCUGAGAUGGCCCCGACAUUCGUCAACGACAGCCUAAAGCAGGUUACCGAGGGAAUGGUCCGCGUCUUUGGCGAUGGUACCCACCGUCGCAGCAACGAUGUCAUCUGUCCGUACCGCAGGAACAGUCCCACAGACUUCUUUCGCGUUCUUCCUCGGUGGAUCUACGACAUUUGCCAGUUCGACGGCACGGAGUGA